UGUGUAUAUCAGAGUUGGAGGAGCCUCUACCCUGUUCGAUCUGAUGAUAUCUCUAUAUUAACAGAUUAAAAGUACCAGAUCAUCACUGUGUGGUUCUUGAGGGUGACGGUGUUCGUUCCAGACAUGCUACAUUAGGACUUGUUAGGACCAGAUUUCCGGUCCAUCCACUACAGGGUGCGGCGCUGAUACUUUAACCGUGUUUCUGUAAAGAACAUCUGGAUUAAAUAACAUGCUUUAGUGAAUAAAGUGUGUUUACAGCUGGAUUAACCGCAGUUUUACAAACCAGGACGGACACCGACAUAAGAACAGAUUUAAUCGUUUUUUAACUUUAUAAUCCUCAGAAUGUUCAGACCAGACAACUGGACCAGGCCUGAAGACCUUCUGUCUGUAGUCACUGUUUAAUGUUGGAGAUUCUACAGACAAGAAACUUCACAGAAUCUUUAAGUGAUCAGACUAAAAUAAAGAGAAAGUAAAAGCUUCCUACAGUCAGGAGGAUGAUGAUGUAAUAUGACACUAAACAGAUGGCAGCAGGACAUUAAAUUCACACUGGAAAUGUUCUUCUGUCUCUGAGAAAAUCUGCCAACACUCCACAAGAGUCUUCCAGACAUCAUGUCCCUCCUUUAUAUUUCCAUCUUAUGGGUCUGUGCCUGUGUGGACAGUGCAGAAUCUCUGGUUACUGUAUCAGCUCCAGUGGGUUCCACAGUCAUCCUGCCGUGUAAACUGCCUGAAGACUUCAAACAAACAUCACUUAUUAGGUGGCAUAUCAAUAAUGACUUUGUGUUUGAGAGAAACAGUGAUGGUGCAUAUUCAGGUAAAGGAUAUGAAGGACGUGUGGAUGUUCCUGAGGACGAGCUGCGUAAAGGAAACUGUUCCCUGGUGUUGAAGAACGUCAGAUUUACUGAUGACAAAAUCUACAAAUCCUUUAUAGUGGUACAUGUGGUCAUUAAUAACAAUGUGGAAGUGAAACAAACGAAUGUUAAGCUCUCAGUCUAUGGUCUUCAGAUAUCAGCUCCAGUGGGUUCCACAGCUGUCCUGCCGUGUGAUUGGAGUCAUCUGUCCACCAAAACACCUGACGUUAAGUGGUUUAUUGAUUCUGAGACUGUGUUUGAGCGAAAGGGUAAAGAUUCAUAUCAGGGUGAAGGAUAUGAGGGUCGUGUGGACGUUCCUGAGGACGAGCUGCUUAAAGGAAACUGUUCCCUGGUGAUGAAGAACAUCAGUGUUAAUGAUACAAGAAUCUACAGCAGCUCCAUGAUAAUUACAGACACACAGGAAUCUGUCUUGGUCCAGAAGGUUAAACUGUCAGUUGUUGAGGACAGUGUUAAUGAGGGAGGAUCUUUAUCUGAGGAUUCAGACUUACACCAGACUGGAGGGAUCAUUUGGAUUAUUUUAUAUGUUGGGAUCGUAAUCUUCAUCAUCUUUGUCAUCAUCUGUGUGUGUGUGUACUACAGAAGUGUGAAAGGUCUCAGACGUGCCACUGACUCCACUGAACAGGAUGGAAACAGACAUCAUCACAGUGUUCAGAACAACACAACGUCCGACAGUGUGACGUACACAGCAGUCAACACACAACCAUAGAGUUAAUGACCAACACAAGAUGGUCUGCUCUGAUCUCAUCAUGGAUUUCAGAUCAUCUUAAACUUCAUCCCUGAGCCACUGAGCUGAUGUUCAUCUCUGGAGCUUCAUCACCAUGUCAGGAUCUUCUGAUUUACUGCAGAACUCUCAGAUCACACAUCAUGGACCAUCAGUUACUCUUCUAUCUAACCUGACUUGGUCUUGGUCAUGUGAUGUUACACUAAAUAAUGAACUGUGAACAGCUUUAAUUUUUACAUUUAUAUUUUUCCACUACUAUUUUUAUUAGAUUUUUUCCACAUCAAGACAAAAGCGAAACCCUACAAGGAAUUAAAUAUCAAAAUGAACAAUUACAAUUGGAACAUAAAAUAAAUAAAUAAGUACAAUAAAAAAUAUAAAAAAAGAUUACAUAAAAAUACACUUAAAUUAGAUAAUAUUUUGAUAAUACAGUAAUAACUGCAGCAAUUCAGUGUUCUUUAACCUUGUUUUUCUCCCAAAUUAUUCUGUUGUCAAGUCCACUUGAUCACAGAAGUGUAGAAAGUUAGUCCAGAUUUUAUAAAAUUAAUUUAACUUCCCUUUGAUAACAAAUGUCAGUUUUCCCAAAGCAAGGUUUAAGGACAUUUCCUUGAUCCAUUGGUUAGAAGAGGGUCUUUGAGAGUCUUUCCACUUUAAUGCAAUAAUACAUUUGGCCUGUAGCAAACUAAAGUCUAUUAGUUUACGUUUUCUUGCAUUUACGACCAAAUUUAUUGGGUAUAGAUGGAAUACACACAGUUUCGGGUCAAGAGGAACAUUAUCUCCAAUUAACUGACCAAUCAUAGUAAGAAUUUCCUUCCAAAAUAUUUGAAGCUCUUUACUUUCCCAUACACAGUGGAAAAGUGACCAGUUUCAUCUUUACACUUUGUACAGUUGUCAGAGAUAUUGGGAUUGAACCUAUUUCAUUUUACAGGGAUAAUGUACUGUAUGUCCUUAAAAGCCAUUUGUAUUGCAGUAGUUUGCACCUUGUGUUAAUGCUCUGGGCUUGAGCCAAUAGUAUUAAAGUGUAUUAAAGUAUUAAAGUGUGGUUUUCCUGAUUGACAAUAAGGUUCUGAGCAGGUUUUCAUUUGAGAGUGUACAAAGCUCCUGAGCUGCAGAUAUUUAAAGUAGUGUUUCUGAAGGAGACCAUAUUUUCUCACCAGUUGUUGAAAUGACAUAAUAUACCUUCUCCGUAUAAAUCUUUUACUUGGCAAAUUCCUUUAUACGUCCAGUUUUUAAAUCCCAUAUCGCUUCUGCCAGGUGUGGGAAAAUAAUUUUAAGUCAUUGUUUUAUUUCCUUUUAGUUCUAGCAUAUUUUUGUGGAUCAUGUAGAAGCCAAAUCCAGUUACAAUGCUAGUUAGAUUCAAACUUUACAUUAGACUUGUGGUUCCUGUAUCUCAUUAAUAGUAAAGGACAGGGGCAAGGUAACUCAGGGUAUCAUCUGUCUCUUUGUGCCAUUUGUCCCGUUGUUUAAGGUGGCCAUUUGAUUCAAGGUCUGAGUCAAGAAUGAAUGCCAAGCAUUAGAGGUGAACUGGUUCCUAUGAUAAUGAAGGGGUCUGAGAAAGACUGUUAUGUGAAUGUAUUAUACAGAUAUUGUAUUUUUAAGAAAAUAAUUUUUGGUAUUUUUUUUAAGUGUUUUAAUUGA